GUUUGGCAGUCUCAGACAUCGGUUGCCUUGCAACGUCCUGCCUCAUAAACAUUAUGUUCACACCUGCCUUAUCUGAAGUCGAUUUGCCGUUUGAUGUUAGAGAAGUGUCUUUUCCAGUAGCGUCUAUGCCCCAUGUGAUUUGUACUCGUAUAACAAGCUGGAUUACUGCAAUCAUCACCAUAGAACGAUGCUUAUGUGUGCUGGUGCCUUUAAAG